CGCCAAUCUUCCACCCCCCUCCUCCGAGUUAAUUCAAUCUAUCCUGUGUUUGAUUAGCUUGUCUGUCUUCCUCACAUUACAUCACAAUGUCUUCCGCUCUCGAACAGCUCAAGGCCACUGGCACCGUAAGUCCAGAGUCAAUUAUUUCGUGGCUUUUUUUGCGCCACAUCAGGAUGGGAUCGCUAAUCACUAGGUCUACCGUCUAUGCAGGUUGUUGUCUGUGACUCUGGUGACUUUGCCACCAUUGGCAAGUACAAGCCUCAGGAUGCUACCACCAACCCCUCCUUGAUCCUGGCUGCUUCUAAGAAGCCCGAGUACGCCAGCCUGAUCGACGCUGCCGUCCAGAAGGGCAAGAGGGAGGGCAAGACUCUUGAUGAGCAGGUCGACGCUACCCUCGACAACCUUCUCGUUGAGUUCGGCAAGAAGAUCCUCGAGAUCAUCCCCGGCAAGGUCUCCACUGAGGUCGAUGCUCGUUGGUCCUUCGACACCCAGGCUUCCGUCGACAAGGCCCUUCACAUCAUCAAGCUCUACGAGCAACAAGGCAUCUCCAAGGACCGUAUCCUUAUCAAGAUCGCCUCCACCUGGGAGGGUAUCAAGGCCGCCCACAUCCUGCAGUCUCAGCACGGCAUCAACUGCAACCUGACCCUCAUGUUCUCCCUUGUCCAGGCCAUUGCUGCUGCUGAGGCCGGUGCUUUCCUCAUCUCCCCCUUCGUCGGCCGUAUCCUGGACUGGUACAAGGCUGCGCACAAGCGCGACUACAGCGCCGAGGAGGAUCCCGGUGUCAAGUCCGUUCAGAGCAUUUUCAACUACUACAAGAAGUAUGGCUACAAGACCAUCGUCAUGGGAGCCUCCUUCCGUAACACCGGUGAGAUCACAGAGUUGGCUGGCUGUGACUACCUGACCAUCUCGCCCAACCUCCUCGAGGAGCUUUACAACUCGACAGCCUCUGUCCCCAAGAAGCUCGACGCCGCCAACGCCGCUAGCCUGGACAUCCCCAAGCGCAGCUACCUCAACGACGAGGCUACCUUCCGCUUCGACUUCAACGAGGAGGCUAUGGCCGUCGAGAAGCUGCGCGAGGGUAUCUCUAAGUUCGCGGCUGACGCCGUCACCCUCAAGGAGCUCCUCAAGCAGAAGAUCCAGGCUUAGAUUGGGAAAUUGCCUUGAUCUGUCUUGCUGUUGAAUUCUGUUUCUUUUCCUGCUAAUGUCUUUCUUUGUUAAAAUUGGCGGCAUGAAAAAUUGGCCUCGUAGAUAUGAAUGAAUCAUGUAAUGAAUUCUCCACAUCAUUUGAAAUGGCGUGGCAUAUAUUUUUUAUAUCAAUCUUCCU